AUGAAAAAUUGGCUCCUUAUUAUAACAACACUCCUCCUCCAGAGCCCAAACAACAUUCCCCCUGCAGACCCCAAACCCCAAACUCUGUAUACUCCCAGUAAAGAAGAAGACUGUGUUUUCAUGGUUGCCCAUUUCAACAAUAAUAAUAUUUCACCCACCCUCCACUUCCCGAUUCUCUCCUCCUACGGCAACCCCUGCCUUGAUCUUUUCUUCCACGUACUCGCACCAAACGUAGAAGCAGAAGACGACAGCGACAAGCCCCCGGCCUCCAGUUCCUAUAAAUAUCUCAAGCAACUCCUCCCUCUAGCCUGGUCCCACAAUCCCCUGACCACCCUCAAGCUCAUCUGCAACCUCCGAGACUGCUCCAAUGAUCUUGGAAAAUCCGAUGAAGAGGCCUUCUACGCCGCCGCAUUUUGGCUCCACCAGAACCACCCCGAGACUCUAGCUUGCAACGUCGCCUCUAUAGCCGGCGAGUUUUCCCAGUCUGUCGCCCUUAUGCACGACCUUGUCGAGAUUCUGUACCGCCUUCUACAAGGCCAGGACGUCAGAAGGAGGAGGGAAAAGGAAAAGGCUGCUGGUGGUGGCAAUCAUAAUAAUAAUAGUAUUAGUAGUAGGAGGAGGAGGAGAGAGCAGGUCAUUGAUAUAGCCAUGGCCAAGAAGAAGGACAUUCACGAGAUAAGCUCGACGUCCUAUUUCUGCCCUUCCAUCGACUCCUCCACGGAGCGUGCCACAUUUCUGUGUGAAAGCGUUGCGAGAAAGAUUUUCCCGCGAGACUCGUCCCCAGAAUAUCGAGUUGUUUCGGAGGCCCGUUACGCCUACAGAGUCCGAGACCGGCUUAGGCAGGAGGUACUGGUGCCCUUGAUCAAUGCCUUGGAUUAUUUUGAUGAUUCAGGAACAAAGGCCUGUGCGGUUAAGAAGUAUUUGGAGGACGUCAAAGGAGGCCACGGAGGUGGCAAGUGCAACAUUGCUGCGGGUGCUCUGCUUCCAAAUGACAUCGUAGGAUAUGCGGAUGAUGUGGAUGUGGGGCAAGUGGCUGAGCUUCAGUGGAAGGCCAUGGUGAUGGGGUUUAAAAAGCAGGGGAAGCUGAACAACUGCUUGGCUGUAUGCGACGUGUCUUCGUCUUCCAUGGCGGGGAUCCAAAACUACAUGGAUGUGUCUGUGGGUUUGGGGCUGCUGUUGUCUCAACUGAGUGAAAAGCCAUGCUGGAAAGGGAAGGUGAUCAGCUUCAGUCCAAACCCUGAGCUGCAUUUGGUAGGAGGGGAUGAUCUCAAGUCCAGGUGCGAGUUUGUGAGAAGGAUGGACUGCGGCGGCAGCAAAAUUGAUUUGCACAAGGUGUUUGAUUUGAUUCUGGAAGCGGCUGUGAAGGGGAAUUUAAAGACAGAGCAGAUGGUGAAGAAGGUGUUUGUAUUCACCAACACAUGCUUUGAGGUGGCUAAUUCGGGCAAUGAUAACAAGAAGAGCUGCUGGGAGAGUGAUUAUAAAGCAAUACAGAGCAAGUUUAAGGAGAAAGGGUACGAGAAGAAUGCGGUGCCGGAGAUUGUGUAUUGGAAGUUGGACAUGCUGGCAGUGCCUCGUAGACGACCAGGGCUCGCCAUCUUCGGUGGCUUCUCCGCGGAUUUGCUAAAGCUGUUCGUGGAUAAUGACGGCCAAGUUAGCCCAUACCAUGUAAUGGAAGCAGCCAUCUCUCCCAAACACUAUCAAAAUCUGGCCGUAGUGGACUGA